AUGGCUUUUGUGUCCACACUGAACAGGAAGAUCAAGAGCUCUCAUUUGCAGAAUGGCAUUGAUACAGAAAAUCAGGAAACCAAAACCGAUUAUAUAUGGCUUCCUCCCAACUUGCCCAGCAAGUGCACCUGGAAGCCAGGGAAACCCGUCUCCGACUCACCUCAUUCUCAUGUGCCCUUGCCGGAAGAAACCAACAUCCUGCCGAAUAUUCUGAAGAAAGUUGGCCGCACCCCUCUGGUUCGAAUCAACAAGAUUGGGAAAACCUAUGGACUGAAGUGUGAGCUCUUGGCAAAGUGCGAGUACUUCAAUGCUGGGGGGAGCGUGAAGGAUCGAAUCGCCCUGAGGAUGGUGGAGGAUGCAGAAAGCGCUGGGCUCAUAAAACCUGGAGACACACUCAUUGAACCAACAUCAGGAAACACAGGAAUCGGGCUGGCCCUGGUUGCUGCAGUGAAAGGCUAUCGCUGCAUCAUUGUGUUGCCAGAGAAAAUGAGCAUUGAGAAGGUUGAUAUACUAAGGGCUCUUGGUUGUGAGAUUGUUAGGACUCCAGCCACCAAGUUUGAUUCCCCUGAGUCUAAUGUUUCUGUUGCUCGGAGGCUGAGAUAUGAAAUCCCGAACUCCCACAUUCUGGAUCAGUACAGAAAUCCCGGCAACCCAAUGGCUCAUUAUGAUACCACCGCUGAGGAGAUCCUGGAGCAGUGUGAAGGCAAGGUCCACAUGGUUGUGGGUGGAGCUGGGACGGGAGGUACCAUCACUGGCAUUGGCAGAAAGCUGAAGGAGAAGUGCCCGGAAUGCAAAAUUGUUGGUGUAGAUCCCGAAGGCUCCAUUGUCGCUCUGCCCAGUGAGCUGAACACGGCAGAGGACGCAACCAUGGAAGUAGAAGGGAUUGGACAUGACUUUAUCCCAACUGUCCUUGACAGAUCAGUGGUGGAUCUGUGGGGCAAGUCCAAUGACACGGACUCCUUUCUCAUGGCUCGCAGGCUGAUUAGAGAGGAAGGAUUAUUGUGUGGUGGCAGCUCCGGCAGUGCAAUGUCCAUUGCUGUGAAGGCUGCCAGGACUCUGACGGAGGGUCAGCGCUGUGUUGUCAUCUUGCCCGACUCUGUCAGGAACUACAUGUCCAAGUUCUUGAAUGAUAGGUGGAUGGGCAAGAAUGGAUUUCUAAAAAAUGUCCAGGAACACAAGCCUUGGUGGUGGAAUGUCAAGGUGCAAAAGCUGAAACUCUCGGCCCCUCUGCUUCUUGUCCCAGAGGUCAACUGUCAAAAGGCAAUCGAAAUCCUCAAGGAGAAGGGCUAUGCCCAGGCACCAGUGGUUGCUGAAUCUGGUCACAUUUUGGGACUGGUGACUCCCAGUAACAUCCUCUCCUCUGUGCUGGCUGGAAAUGCUCAGUUCUCAGACCCAGUCAUCAAGGUCAUCAAUGACCAGUUUUCAAAGAUUAGCCUGGAUGACAAUCUUGGAAACCUCUCUAAUAUCCUGGAGAAUGAUCAUUUUGCUAUAGUUGUACAUGAUCAGAUGCAAUUCAUUGGAGAUGGCAGUUACGCCAAGAAACAGAUGGUGUUUGGAGUGGUGACGGCCCUGGAUCUCCUGAACUUCAUUACCCGAAAGGACAAGAGUCAGCUACAAAAAGUUGCUUCACCAAGAGUCUCUGUUGCCUCAGAUGAAUCUGAAAUAAGCCACUGAAGAUUUUUCAAACUGACGAGGCUCAGAUUUUAACUGACUAAUCCUUCGUCCCAUACAUUUGACCACAUCUGAAAUGACAUCAAAGAAAUCUGUGGAUCAGGAUGAUCUGACUAAAGAACAAAGUUUAAUUAAAAUAAGCAGUUAUACUGAGAUAACAUUACAACACAACAUUGGGGGGAUGAUAUAUGGGUCUUAUUGCACAGAUUUUGUAAGACUUGUCUCUUGCUGCUUUCAUGGUUAAUUAACGCCUUCUCCCACUUCAAGUGAUACAUGAUUAUGGCUGGGGCUGGAGCCAUGAUGGGAGAAGCUCUAGUCCUCUCCCAGAUUUCAUCCCUGACUGGGGGAAACCCCUGUUGAUUGGCUGCCUUCCCCACUCACCACCCUUCUGGGGAAGGGUAGCCAACCCAGAACUACUGGAGGCAGAAUUUCUCUCCCCUCCCCUCAGGGGCUGACCCUUUCUUACAGGAGGGGAGAAGGGAGCAUGUAGGACCCAGCAAGUUAGGGCAGCUCUGCUUCCUUUCACUUCAGAGAACAAUGGGAUGGCUCCUCUGCUCCUCCCCCAUCUGCCCUCCAUCCCUGCCACACCGGCUUCACACCAGGGCCAAGGAGAAAGGGGUGAAGACUCUCGGAAGCUGUAGGAGGAGCAGAGGUGAGGCUAGUAGGGCUGAAUUGAUGUGGGGAUUGAGAGAAUGGGCAGAACCGAUGCAGGAGCUACCAAGGGGACAGGAUUGAUAUGGGAGUUGAAGGGCAGGAUUAUUUCCUGGACAAGGGUUGUGAGAUGGGAAGGGGAGAGCUCCUCCAGCAAAGGCCAAAAUCCCCUUACCCAGGAUCUCUGGGAGAGUGGCCAGCUCUAAUUGUCACCUAGACACACUGGGGAUGCACGGGGGAGCCCCAAACUCAAAAGACAGCCCCAAAACACAAUGUAAUCUUUUCUUUAAAAAAAAAUCAUGAUUUUGGGGCCAAUUAAUUAUUUUUGGGGGCUGAUGUGAUUUUUGAAGCUUUGGAGUCCGUUCCAGGAGCUGUUUGCAGAGCUCAGAAGAGCCACGUGUUAGAGCUGCAAAAACAUAGAAGGAAUUAAGUGCACAGCAAGAGAAGAGUAAACAAACGAAAUCACUUUUGCAGCCCAGUUUAGGGGAAUAGGCACAAUUGCUUCAGGCAUGUGCUGUGGGCAGAAUGAGAGAGGAGCAACUACUUUCAGUUUUAACUUUUCCUAAGCAACAAGUCUGUGUUUUUAAUCUAACCUAGUAUAUACAAGAUUUUUGAUAAAUGAAGAAGUAUUUAUGGUUAGGAAUGGUGUCUGCUGCUUUUUGUUUGCUGAGUUAUACACAAUACAGCAAAUCUUUUGCAAGUAGUUGGGUAAGUGUUUGUUCACAUCUGGUUUAUGGCCAGAAAAGCACCCCAAGAAACUGUCCUCUUAGUAUUUCCCACUAGAGCUAGAACUGGAAAUCUCGGGAGAGCCUUUGCAGACUCAGGAAGUUCAAACAGUUUGGGAUGGCCUCCACACUAAACCCAAAAACCAUGGUGGGGGAGGGUGAGAGCGGAGAGGAGAGGGAAUAACAAAAUGUGAUAAAGUCUCUCUUCCAAAACCAGAGAGGGCAUCCUGACGAACAGUGUUUGUUACCUGGAUGGAGACUUUAGGGCUUGUCUUCAUGUAUAGCACUACAGUGGUGUAGUUAAUCUACC